AUGGAAGAAGGUGGUUCUUCCACUAUAGACGAAGCUUAUGUUUCAAACAUGGACGAAGUGGUUGUUGUACCUGAGUGUUCGGAAGAUUUGAAGCCUGUGGUUGGCCAGAAAUUUAAAUCAUUGGAUUUUUAUUUUGCGUUCUACGAUGUGUAUGCCUGGGCUAUUGGUUUUGAUACUCGCAAAUCACAAAUGAGGAAAGCUGAUGGUAUAAUUACUUGGUAUAGCGUGGUAUGCAACAGGCAAGGCAGCAAGAAGUCGAGCGAGGAUGACCAGGCAAAUGCACGGUCGGGUUUUUCGUUAAAACGUCGAUGUUUAUCCACGCGUUGUGGUUGUAAAGCCAGUAUCUCAUUCAAGUUAUUCUCCGACGGAGGAGUUUCAGGUUAUACUGUCGAGGAGUUUAAAGAAGCUCAUAACCAUUACAUGGCUAACAUAGGUCCCACAGUCACGUUUAAUGUGCUGAAGGAAAUUAUGGGUGGUUUUCAGCUCGUUGGCUGCAAUGUUGGGGAUAUAAGGAAUGCUUCACGAGACAUCAAAGCAUUCGCUCAUGGUUUUGACGUACAAAUGGUUUUGGAUGAUAUGGCUAGGAAGAAGGAGAUGUCCGAAGCAUUCACAUAUGAGUACGAGGUUAAUGCUAGUAACCAGCUUGUUGCUUUGUUCUGGUGUGACGGUUUGAUGAAGCGGAAUUACCACAUGUUUGGUGAUAUUGUGACUUUUGACACCACCUACAACACCAAUAGGUAUUGUAUGAUCUUCGCGCCAUUCACGGGAAAAGACAAUCAUGGACGACCAGUGACUUUUGCUGCUGGUUUAGUAAGCAACGAGAAGACAGGGGCUUUUGCAUGGCUGUUUAGACAUUUUGUCCAAAGUAUGGGGGUUGCUCCGAAGAUGAUUGUUACAGAUCAAGAUUUGGGGAUGAGAUCGGCUAUUGAAGAGAUUCUUGUCGGGACUCGCCACAGAUGGUGUAUGUGGCAUAUCAUGCAUAAGUUGGCCAAUAAAGUUCCUGGUUGGUUAUUGAGGGACGAAGAUUUCAAGAAAAAUUCAAUGCAUGUUUGGUUCAAGACGUUGUACGAGUAUAGGCAGUUAUGGAUACCUGCGUACUUCAGAGAUUUCCCAAUGGGUUCGAUGAUUAGGACCACCUCGAUAUCUGAGUCAGAGAACAGCUUCUACAAAAACUUUUUGAAGCCACGCAAUAACCUUGCCGAAUUCUACUUGAAUUUCAACCAAGCUGUGGAUUUUCAGCGAAAUAGUAGAACAAAGCUGGACUACCAAGACGCUACUGCCCUUCCUAUAUUGGCCACUACUCAGCCUUUCGAGAAACAUGCUUCUACUCUAUACACAGAUAGUAUGUUCAAAAAAAUACAAGAGGAGAUUGUUGAGGGAAAUGACAGAUGCCGCGUUUUGGGGUUCUCAUCUGCAGACAGUGUUGACACCUACAAACUUGGAGACAACCUUCGCCAUUCCUACUUUGUGAGGCAUGAUAGGACUCACGAAUCAUAUUAUUGUGAUUGCAAAUUAUUCAGUAGGCAUGACUAUCUGUGCAGCCAUGUAUUCUUUUUGUUCCGGAAUAAUGAGGUAAAAAAGAUUCCGGAUAACUACUGUGCAAGUAGAUGGAUAAAGACUCCGCUGGUUAAGGCUGUUCAUGGACAUGUGGACGAGACUUUACCUACACAGUCCGUUGUUGAUGAAAGGCAAAACGUUUCAAAACAAGGGAUCUCACUGUUCUAUGGUUUUCUUCGUCGAUUUGAGACGGACAUUGAUGUGCUUCGUGCAUUCGUAGGUGGACUGGAGGAACUUGGUAAUUCACUUACAGCUGGAACUCCUUUGCCAUCCACUUCUGAGAAGAGACGUAUGAUUGAACAGUUUUAUGGAAUGGCAAGGCCGGAAGUCGUCGAGGUCCACCAUCCGGAUGUGGUAAAGAUGAAGGGGCACGCGAGCUGCUCCGCUAGUCGUCUGAUUUCAAAGAGAGAAAAGGCUAUCAAGGAUGCUACCAGGCCCCUUAGACGGUGCAAGGCGUGCGACGAGUUGUGCCAUCACGACUCUAGAAAUUGUCCUAUGCUUAAAGAGCUUGAAACAGAGAAUGAGCUGCGUAAGGGAAAGAGGAAAUGUUGA